CAUGAGCCGACAUAUUUCUCGGGCCGCAGGAUGGCGUCCCAACCGCAGCGUAAAAAGAAAAUGUGCAUGCUCGCAGCAGCGCUCGUCCACCCCUGACAGGAAAAUGCCCCAAGAGCCCACCCGCUGGGAUAAGCAAGCAUUAAUCCCUCGGGCUUGUCCGCCAUGUCCCAUGCAAGUGUGGAGACUGGGGUUGGUCAUAUACGUUAUUCAAUGCUGCGUGAACAAUACACAAAUAGUGAGCAGAGCUCACGUCAAGGACCUUCUGAAUCUUUGCGACCUUGAUCGGUCCAUGAGGCAUCUUUAGAUGUCACCAUGGUUUGGGUGUACGGAGCCUCGCCCGAGCUCAAUGCUCAGUCGAGGUAUCCGGCCAUUGUGGCCGUGUCGGUCGUACUGACUUUGGUCAUGAUGUCUGUAGUAGGACUGCGUUUUCACGCGCGGAUUGGCAACAUUGGACCGGAUGACUGGGUGAUUUCUGUGGCAAUGACCUUCAGCGUAGUGUAUAAUAUUCUCUGCAUUGUCCAAACAAGAUAUGGAUUGGGCCUUCCACUGGCUCUGCGACCUAAAAGUAAUCUAUCGACAUACUCAAAGGUUAAUUUUGCCGGUAGACCAUUUUAUCAGACCGGCAUUGCGCUCUUUAAACUCUCCCUUUGCAUCAGUUACCUGCGUCUGACGAGGCGGGCUCAUAAAAGAUAUUAUCAGAUCUUGAUCUGGGUAGUUGCCUUCAUUUCAACGGCAGGUCACUUGGCUGGCACAUUUGUUCUCAUCUUCAACUGCAAUCCUGUCCAUAAGUCCUGGGCGCCAAAGACGCCCGGAAAGUGCUUACCGUUUGGACCUACCAACUAUGGUCUUGCCGGCUUCUCCAUUGCUUGUGAUGUCAUCAUCUUCAUCCUCCCCAUCCCGCUUUUCCUAAAUUUGUCACUCAAUCGCUGGGCCAAAGCCGCGCUGUGUGGUGUAUUCUCCCUUGGUCUUUUGACUACAGUCUGCUCGAUCCUACGGCUCUUGCAAAUCCAUAACAUUGCAUAUGGAAAUGGCGAUUCCACCAUGCUUGUGACAUGGGGGACUGUCGAAUUUAAUGUUGGCAUAAUUGUGAGCUCGCUACCAUUCUUGAAAAAUCUUAUCAAAGCUCUUCGGGUUCCCAGUUUGAAGCGGCUUUACGAAUCCCGCAACCACAACAAGCAGCAGGAUUAUUCGCUACACAGCUUCGGACACAGCGGCACAAUAGAAGGGAGCAAAGCAAGCAGAAACCGGAGCGAUAGUGAAGAGAACAUCCUAUUUCCUGAGGCUCUGGCGGAAGGAGGAAUCCGCAAAACGACGGAAUACCAUGUUUCCACUUCAAGCAGCCAUGGAGCCAACAGUCUUUGAGCGAAAUUUUUGCUUAGAUCCAAUUUCGGUAACCGUCCUUGUUCGAUAGACUACCCGUGAGAAGGUAAAUAGAUCAAUG